AUGGAUUCACCAGGUCAUGCACCCGAAGUAGACCGACGCCAACCGCAAGCGAGGUGGGAUGAGCUCAUGCCUGAGAUUAUUGACCUUUACUUGAACAAGAACACACUCGCUCAGGUCCGUGACACGAUGGCCAGCAAGCACGACUUUCAUGCCAACAUUCCCACCUACAAGAGGAAACUCACAGCCCACGGUGUACGCAAGAAUUUGACCGCCAAGCAGAAAUUACUGCUUUUGAACCGCCAUAAGUUGAGCGACUCGCACGACAGCCGGUUGAGAAGACCCAUUGUUAGAAACGGGGUCCGCUUCUACCUCCAUGCCUCCCCAGCCGACACACAACUCCACCACUUCUCCCACAGCCAGAAGACAACCGAGUAUGUCAUCACGGCAACAGAGCAGUACUACAGCCAAUUCCACGGUGACGCAGGCGAUUGGUGGUCGAUUGGCGAGAGCUUCAACGUGUUUCGCCGAGCACUGAGCCAGACGCGGAAGAACUCGGUCAACAGCAGCCAAGUUCCUGGACUCACGAUGCUGAACAAGGCAUGCGAGCUGGCCCCACUGAUUCUGCAAAAGCCCUUGGAAGCCAUCGUGCUUUUUGCAGCUUACUUCUCCCAGGCGCAAUGGAUUCACAUGCCUCGUGCCCGAGUCGUCGCGCUCGACUACUUCACGCGAUAUGCCAGGUCUGUCCGCAGCGAUAGCCGUGUGUCGGAGCUGCUGCUGGCACUGAGAGAUGACAGAAUGUCGAAUGAGAUCGCAUCCUUAUUUCUCAGCAUAGGCGUCAAGACUGCUUCGGCUACUAACACUCAAUUCUCCGCAGCCUUCUUCGAGUACCUGGUCGAUCUCCGCGCACUGGCGAUCGAGACUGGCGGCAACCCAGGACCGGCGGUCGGACAGCUCAUCGAGAGCAUCUUGGCCACAGGCGACCGGUCUCUGCCAGACACCAUCCGCCUCACCUACGCUCGCGCCUAUAUGUGCUUCUGGGAACAGGACUUCGCUGGCGCGCAAAUGUGGAACACUCGGGUCCUCCACCUCACCAACGGUGACAGGUCACGCCGUGAUUGGAAGCGUCAACGUGGCGCGCUGUUCCAGCUCGGAAGGAUCGAGCAACUCGCUGGACAUCCAAAUGAAGCUGCUGCGUAUUACUGGGAUGGCUUGGUGGUGGCACUCGCGCCGGACAUACAGGAGGGCAUGGAAGCGAGCGACAAAUUCAUCAAUUUGGAGUUCCUGGAAAUGUUGAAGCUAAUCUAUGAAGGACUUGGGAAUUUCGAGCAGGCGGAUCUGAUGCGUAGCCGCUUUGGAGAGGUGUGGACGGGGUAUGCGAGGGAGUUCAACCGUAUCCCACCUGUGGAUGUGUCCGACGAGGCCACGGAGACGGCGAAGAGUCAGGACAACGGAGGAUGA